AGCCAUGUUGUUGAUGUGAUUAGUAGUAUAGCACUCGACUCACAGCAACAGGUACAGUACGGGGAACGUUUUUGUUAUUUUCUGAGGUCAAACGUCCUCACUCCUGCCUGAGGGCUUCUCCGCAAGGUUACGUUAUCUGACGAUGGAGUUUCGCUUAUACUGGGUUUAAAGACAACACGAAUCUGACAUAUUUUGUCUGUUUUUUUGUGCUUCACAAAAAAGAUGGCCAAGAACUAGCCAGGCACGGUCGGGACCAGGGUGGCUCAGUUUCCCACAGCCAUGAAUGGUGGUCCUAACAUGUGGGCCAUCACUCCAGAGGAGAGAUCCAAGCAUGACAAGCAGUUUAACAGCAUCCAGCCUCUGAUGGGCUUUGUAACAGGAGAUCAAGCUCGGAAGUUCUUUCUGCAGUCUGGGCUUCCAGCACCAGUGCUGGCUGAGAUCUGGGCCCUUGCAGAUAUGAACAAGGAUGGGAAGAUGGACCAGCAGGAAUUCUCAAUAGCCAUGAAGCUGAUCAAGCUGAAACUGCAGGGUCAGCUUCUGCCCUCCACACUCCCUUCAGUAAUGAAGCAGCAGCCAGUACUAUCCCCACUCAUGACCUCACGCUUCGGAAUGGGAAGCAUGCCAAACCUCUCCAUCCUUCCUACCAUGCCUAUGUACACCCCCUUGGCUCCCAUCACAUCUAUGACCCCCAUGACCUCACUGCCUCCCUCUGGAAUCUCCACCCCCUUGGUGCCUUCAAUCAGCACACCGUCAUUGCCUAACGGGAGCAACGCAAUCCUCCUUCCCCUCGCUAUGCCUCUGUCAUCAACUCUGCCCCAGAUGGGUUCCUUUCCUCAGCCCUCGAUGGGAUUUGAAAGUACAAGAAUGCAAAAGGCACAGUCCUUGAUUGACUUGGGAUCAAGCAGCUCCAAUUCUUCCUCGACAACAUCUCUCACUGGGAACUCACCCAAGGCUGGCUCCGGUGACUGGGCACUGCCCCAGUUUUCCAUUCUAAAAUACAGACAGUUGUUCAAUAGUCUGGACAAAGCUAUGACUGGAUACCUCUCAGGUCCACAAGCCAGAAAUGCUCUCAUCAUGUCAAAUCUCACUCAAACACAACUAGCCACAAUUUGGAACCUGGCUGAUAUUGACAGAGAUGGGAAGCUAAAAGCUGAAGAAUUUAUUUUAGCCAUGCAUCUGGUUGACAUGGCUAAAACGGGGCAGCCUCUUCCACUAUCUCUGCCUCCAGAUUUCAUACCUCCGUCGUUCAGAAGUGGGGAAUGGAGUGAUACAGUCAAUGGGACAGUCCCCUCUUAUCAAGGAAUUCGGGGAAUUCUGGAAGAAGAACCCCCACAGAAGAUAAGCCCCGUAACCUUUGAGGACAAGCGGAAGGAAAACUACCAGCGUGGGAACGCCGAGCUGGAGAAGCGGAGGCAGUUGCUACAGGAGCAGCAGCAGCGGGAGCAGGAACGACAGAUGAAGAAGGCGCAGGAGGAGCGGGAGAGGUGGGAACGGGAGCAGCAGGAGAAGGAGAGAAAACGACAACUAGAACUGGAGCGCAGGAUCGAGAGGCAGCGGGAGAUCGAGAGGCAGAAGGAGGAGGAGCGCAAGAAAGAGAUGGAGCGCAGGGAGGCUGCGAAACAUGAGCUUGAACGACAGCGGAAGCAGGAAUGGGAGAGAACCCGGCGCCAGGAACUGCUGAAUCAGAGGAACAGACAGCAGGAAGACAUUGUCAGAUUGAAAGCGAAAAAGAAGAGCCUAGAGAUGGACCUAGAGGCCGUGGGUGACAAACACAGGCAGAUCUCUGGCAGGCUGAAUGAUGUUCAGAACAAGAAGGUGGUCCGGAAAAACGAACUGGAUCUGAUCAAUCAGAAGCAGGACCGUCGGAUCAUGGAAAUCAAUAACCUGCAGCAACAGCUUGAGGACUACCAGAAAAAGCUCAUUAAAUUGGUCCCAGAGCAGCAGAUGCUUACUGAAAGACUUAAAAACACGAACCUUAACAAUGUGCAGACUACAACACUCACGACUCUGAUGAGGAGUCGAUCUGAAAAGGAUGGCUCGUGUCGUAUGCUGAAAGAGCAGCUGGAUGCUUUGGAGAAAGAAACAUCAUCAAAAUUGUCUGAAAUGGAAGUGUUUAAUAAUGAGCUUAAGGAGCUUCGGCAGAGUCAAAGCAAACAACAACGCGCUCUUGAGCAGCUAUACAAGAUCAAAGAGGACAAACUGCGUGAGAUUAAGAGGCGGAAAGAACAAGAACAUUUGCAAAAAAGGAAGGCAGAGGAGGAAGCCAUCAGGAAAGCAAAACAAGAAAAAGAUAACCUGUGGAGGGAAAAGGUCAGAAGGCAGGAAGAAGAGCGUCAGAAGAGGAUGCAGGAGGAACGAUCCCAGAAGCUACAGCAGGAGGAGGAGCUGGAGGCUGAGGCCAGGCUGCGGGAGACACAGGAAGGGGAGAUGCGGGAGCAAAGGGAGGCCACGGAAAGGCAGCGCAAAGAGGAGGAGGGACGAAGGCAGGCGCAGGCCCAAAGAGAGAAGGAGGAAGAACAGAGGAGGCAGGCCCGGCUCCAGAGAGAGGCUGAGGAAGAGAAGAGGCGACAAGAGCAGCUAAGGAAAGAGGCAGGGGAGAGGCAGCAUCAGAAACAGGAAGACGAGGUAGCGAAGGAGGCUGUGGAGCAGAGGAGGCAACAGCAGCAGAAUUCAGAGAACUUCACCAACACCAAGAUCGACCUGCAGGAAAAAAUCUCUUCCAUGGUGAAGGGGUUUGACGAGAGAGACUCUAAAACAAGAGGCAGCACAACUACUGUUUCAGGACACAGUACAUCAGCAGUGUUGGUCACUUACAGAGCACUUUACCCCUUUGAAGCUAGGAAUCUCGAUGAACUCGCUUUCAGUGCUUCUGAUCUGAUUGAGGUUGAUGAGACCACUAUUGGAGGAGAGCCUGGCUGGCUUUAUGGAAGUUUUCAAGGACACACAGGCUGGUUCCCUGCAAACUAUGUGGAAAAAGUAGCUGAAAAGAAAGUACCAUCAGCUUCAAAAACAGCCUUACUUCCACCCACUGUAUCCAAAUCCUCUACCUCACACUCUUCUGGGCCGCUGUCUCCAAGUAAAAAAAAGGACGAGGCAGGUUUCCAGCAAAACCAACCUCUGGCAAGCAUGAGUGGCAGCAUGACUUGGCAAAAAUCUGCUUUCACUCCUACUGUUCCCCCUGGAUCAGUAUCACCUGAGCACAGCCAGGGCCAGGUUGUUCAUAAUCUUCAGGCACAAGCACUGUGCUCCUGGACUGCAAAAAAGGAUAACCACUUAAACUUUUCAAAAGAUGAUAUCAUCACCGUGCUGGAGCAGCAGGACAACUGGUGGCUCGGGGAACUCCUGGGUGUCAAGGGCUGGUUCCCUAAAUCCUACGUCAAAGUAAUGCCUGGAAGCAAGGUUCAGAAUGAGCCAAUUUAUGCAACAGUCAGUGUGGACACCAGCACACCAGGCCAAGAUGUAGCUGAAGAAUAUGUGGCAAUUUACACCUAUGAGAGUCCAGAGCCUGGGGAUUUGACCUUCCAUGAAGGUGAUACCAUCCUGGUCACACAGAGAGAAGGAGAGUGGUGGACAGGAUGUAUUAACAAAAGGACAGGGAUCUUUCCUUCCAACUACGUAAAACCAAAGGAGAUAGAUGCUUCAAGUAAUGUUGUUCGAAGUGGAACAUUAAUCAAAAAGCCAGAGAUUGUCCAGGUGACCACAGCAUACACAGCAACAGGCUCCGAGCAGCUCAGCCUGGCUCCUGGGCAGCUCAUUCUCAUCCUCAAUAAAAACCCCACUGGCUGGUGGCAAGGAGAGCUACAGGCAAGAGGGAAAAAACGUCAAAAGGGAUGGUUUCCUGGUAGCCAUGUUAAACAUUUGGGUGCAGGCAGUGACAAAACUACUCCAGCCCCCACCCCAGCUCACACGCCAGUGUGCCAGGUAAUAGCCAAGUAUGACUAUGCAGCUGUGAAUGAAGAUGAACUGAGUUUCUCCAAGGGGCAGCUCAUCAAUGUUCUGAACAAGGAUGAUUUGGAUUGGUGGAAAGGAGAGCUCAAUGGAGUGGCAGGACUCUUUCCUUCAAAUUAUGUCCAGAUGACCACAGAGUCUGAUCCAAGUCAGCAAUGACCGUAAUGUUGCCUCCUAAUCAACGUAUGAAAGUCCCUCAAAGAGACCCACUAUCCCAGAUUAACUGAAGGGUGGACCCUGGGUAGAGAGCCAUGAUCAGUGCUUCAACGACAGUAAUAGUCUUGCAAGAUAUUUAUCAAAUGUCAUUACUUAAUACUGGAUUGUUAUGUUUUAUAGGAGGGCUGGAAACUUUAUAUAGAAAGUGGGGUCACAUUUAAUUGCAGAAUUAAAAUAAAUCACAUUUUUUGUUUUAAAGUUGUAUUAGUAUUGUGGUAGACAUGAAAAACAAGGUAAGAUCCAGUGUAAGAUACUGUCAAGUAAAUAGGCACUUUUAAAACAGUAGUUUCUUGUAGUUUUAGUGCAGGAUUUGUGAUUUGAAGUUAUAGGGAGAUAAAAAUGGGCUCUGGUUUUAAAAACUCAUUGAAGAGGGUGCUCCAAAUGAACCCUUUGUUCAGCUUUGUAGCUGAUUGUGCUGCAGGCACAUUUUCAUGCACUCAUGUAAACAUGGUAACUGUUAAUCUGCUUAGAGGGAAGGAAGGAUAGUGGGUCUUUCUGUGGCUUUCACUCCAGUCAGCUGUGCUUUUCGUUCUUCCUCCCUAUUCUUUCCAACACUGGGGUGACUUGUGGUUUUUGUAAAUUCAGUUAGAUUUGCUUUUCCAUUGUGGUAGUGGUGGGAGGCUGGUCACACAAAAACCCACUAUCUUAACAUUUUUUUCUUCUUUCUUUUAAUUGGUGGUUGAAUAGUUAUGUACGUUGAGGUUAUGGUUGAAAUAUAAUCAGUUUUAAGACAUAGUGUUUUUUUAAUAUCAUUUAAACAUUUAGGCGAUUUGUUUAAUUUUUUAGAAAAAGCAAAAUGGAAUAAAUCUGUUUUUCUCGUGGAAUGUUAGUCAUAGGAAUCUGAUAACAGCUGGUGUUGAAAAUGGAUGCUUUACAAUUUAGCAAAAUGGCUUUUAUACUGUAUUAGCAAAAACUGAUUUGGCAAAUAAAAAGAGAACUAGCUAUAUAUA